AUGCAGGAAGAUCAGCCGACUAAGCAGGUAGGCCAAAAAAACGAUGGAUUUGGCAACAAGAACAAGGACAAGCGCAGGCCACACCCACAAGGAGACGCUGCGGCAGAAGAGAACUACACUAAGUUCACCAUCCCCAUACAUCGAAUCUUAGCCCAAGUGAAGAACAAACCGUGGAUAAGAAGACCACCACCCUUGAAAGGAGAUCCGGACAAGAGGGAUACUAGCAAAUGUUGUGCCUUCCAUGGGACGCAUAGGCACACUACAAACAACUACUUCGCUUGGAAAGCGCACCUUGAAGAACUCAUGAGGGAAGGUCACUGCACAGAAUUCAUUGCGAAGCAAGCCAUCCAGCAGAUUGAAGAUCGUGACACCGCCAAGGAGCCACCCUAG